AUGUCGUUUUUUACUAAUCACAUAAAGCUUCGAGAUUCGAUUCGAACCGAUGCACCUCCUGCGAUUGCGGAAAGUAUGGAACUCCCACCAGGACACCGAAAGAAUCCUGGUUUUCGAGCUUUCAGUAGUGCCACGAUCUUUGAUAAAAACCAGAUUCUGACACUCCGAGACGGAGUGAAAAUUCGAGCUGAUAUUUUCCGCCCAAAAGGUGAUGCGAAAGUCCCCGGUAUUAUCAUGUACGGGCCAUAUGGGAAGAGCAAUUCAGGACCAAUAAAUCUUGACUUUAUGCCAUUACGGGCUGGUAUUCCUCAAAGCUCUCAAUCUGGAUAUGAGAAUUUUGAGGGGCUCGAUCCCGCUGAAUGGGUACCCAGAGGGUAUGCCAUCAUCAACGUUGAUGCGAGAGGUAGUGGCGAUUCCGAAGGAGACAUACUCUGGUGGGGUACUGCUGAAGGACGAGAUGGCUACGAUGCCAUUGAAGAACUUGCAAAAUUGCCCUGGAGCAAUGGGAAGUUUGGGAUGGCAGGCAACUCGUGGCUUGCUAUGUCGCAAUAUGCUAUAGCUGCGGAACAACCGCCUCACCUUCUUGCGAUCGCGCCCCUUGAAGGGACCUCAGACGAAUUACGCGAACACUCAUUCCGCGGGGGGAUUCCUUCUACGGGUUUCGCAAAAAUGAUCGCAGGAGCUCUCCCUGGGCGCGGCAAACAAGAGGAUUGGGUCGCGGCGAUAGAAUCAACUAUCACAACCAACGACUACCUCGAGGACAAGCGCGUUGACUUUUCCAAAAUCAAAGUCCCUACUUACAUCGGAGCAAGCUACUCGAGCGACUUGCACACCAUUGGUUCUCUCCGCGCUUUCGAAGAAAUCCCCCACAAAGACAAAUGGCUUUCUCUUCACGCCACUCAGGAAUGGUACGAUCUGUAUUCGCCUAACCGAACAGAGGAUCUGUGUAAAUUUUUCGAUCGGUACCUGAAGGGAGUAGACAAUGGCUGGGAGGGAACUGUACCAGUCCGCCUGGCGUUGCUCACCUAUACAGGGUCACCCAUAGUUGAUAGACCCUUUCUAGAUCUUCCGUGGCAUCUCCCAUCUGCAGACCGCGAUGUACUGCAUCUCACUCAUUUUGGCGGCAUGUCAAAGAGUAAGCCCUCUUCUCCAGAAAGACUGAGCUACAACUCAGAAUCGUCCGAAAAGCUCGAAUUCACACAUACUUUUACCAGCAGAGUCGCUCUGGUAGGCCCAAGCACGCUAGUCAUUGAUGUUUCCUCGCCCAACCAGGACGAUCUUGAUAUAUACACCCACAUAUUCAAGGCCUCUGCAGAUGGUACUAUGCUCACGCAUCUCAACGUUCCUGUACCCGACAGUGUACCACAAGAUAUUGUGGCCAAAGCAACAGAGAAUAGAAUUUUCAAGUAUUGGGGCCCAAACGGUAUGUUGCGCGCAUCCCACAGGCACGUAUCGCGCCAAAAAUCCGGUAAGACCUGGAAUACACUUUCACAUGAAAAAGUGCAGAAAGUGCAGCCAGGCACUAUUGUACGCUUGGAAAUUCAGCUUUGGCCUACAGGCAUUAUUUUCGAGGCUGGAGAAAAUCUAGUGCUGAAAAUCAGUGGAGAGGAGAUAGGGGUACCUGCUCUGCCACAGUUGCCAAAAACUACUGGUAUUAACAAAGGCAACCAUGUUGUACACGUUGGAGGGGAUUUUGAAGCACGUUUAGAUAUUUUCACCAUCGAUGCAUAA